GCCGUGUGUUCACCGAGCGAGCAGACCACAACUCACAGAUCCUGUUCUUGGAACAAUGGCUGACCGCUCGCGGAUACAAGAACCAUCAGACCGAUCAGAUGGUGCACUGGCAUCGGGAACAUAUGUCCAACCUUGUCAAUGCUUUGGAUUUGGAUCAUCCUGAUUACAGUAUCCCUCAUAUUCCAAAUGCCGAUGCGCCCGCCAUGGUCGGCAACUCGUAUGUCGGUAUAUCCAAUUGCCAAGCCAAAUAUCUGGUUCAACGACCAGCUGUCCCGUACGGGCAGCAGAAUGACACCUCCAAAGCCUUGUGGCUCGAGGAUGGAUACAAGGAAUGCGUUGGUUACCUUAACCGAAGAUCGUUACCUGGUGUUUGAAAAAGCCGGCUACGCACUCACAAAUGCCGGCAAUGCCACUCAUCUGAGCAUAAGUCCAGCCGUUCCUGAUCACAGCGAAAAGAAAAAGCGAUACGUGAUCCACUAUUCGAAUGGCGAGGAGAGCGGGCUUUUCCUGAUCUCCAGUGCUCUGGAUGGUAAAUAGCUGGGACCACGUGGUACCCUUCUACCAGCCAACUGCAAUGACCAGGCGGCU